AUAGCUUAGCAUGAUACUAGCUUGGCCUGCUUGCUAACUUUUGGUUUUUUUGCACUUUUCUUUGCAGCUAACGUUGGUGCCGAUGGCUCUCUCCCUCCACCGCUUAUAAUUUAUCCUAACCUUCGUAUUCCUAUGAAUGUAUACGAAGCCAUUCCAUCCAGUUUAUUUGCAAUCGGAAAAAGUGAAUCGGGAUAUAUUAACCAUCAGGUGCUUUAUGAGUAUCUCACUAAUGCAUUUGACCAAUGGUUAACUCAACAUAAUAUACAAAGACCAGUUAUAGUUUGGUCCGACAAACAUGAAUCGAGGCUGCAAUUUCAUUUAGUUAAACCCUUAGCAGACCUGCAAAUAAUGCUUAUAUUGAUCCCACCAAACUGUACCCAUUUCAUGCAGCCUUUGGACGUAGGAUUGUUUGGCCCUAUGAAAAAUGAAUGGGCUAAGUGUGUGAAUAGGUUCAGGGCUGCCAACCCAAAUGAAUACGUUACCAAAGAGUCCUUUGCAGGAAUGUUCCUGCCAGUGUACACAAGGGUCAUGAGUAGAGAGAAAAUGGUAAAAUCCUUUAAAAAAUGUGGCAUACAGCCAUUUGAUCAAGACGAUCCUGAUUAUACCAAGCUCACUCUUGAAGAAGCCCACUCCGGAGACAGUCGAAUAUUUGAAGGAGUGCUUCAAGACGGUCGUGUUGAAGCUUCCACUCAAGUUGAAAAUUUUUUUCAUGUCAAUGUUGCGACACAGACAUCCUCUGACAUCAUCUUGUCUGGUAACACAAGUACUAGCACGAUGGAAGGACUGGGAGCAGGCCCAAACAUUCACCUGAUAACAAAAUCAUUUGAUGACUUUGUCAUCGAUUCGCCACGAUUUGAUUUACUCAGAAUGGUGAAGAGGCAAAAUUGGUUCCAAUAUGUCUUUGAUCGAAAUCAUCGGCAAGAGGAUGCACCAGCUGUUGAUUCCCUUGUUGUUUCCCCAGUUCAUUCACCUAGUAUUCAUUCUAGUUCAGAUGCACAGUGUUCCUCAAUGUCAGCCCCUCCAAACAGGACUAGGCCUAUGUUGGUAGAACCUCAAGACAAGCAAGAUCACCUGCGAUUAGUCCUGCUCUUAAAAAUCAUAAGUGGUUCCCUUCUCCAAAAAAAGCUAUCGGAAAGGUUCGUACAGUGGCUCAAGAACUUCAUGCCACAUCUGUAGUGACUUCAGAUAAAGUUGUCUCGAUGCUAGAAGGUAUUAGGCUUGAAAAAAACAAACAAGAACAAGCAAAAGAGGAGAGAAAAACGAAGCGCUUAGUUGCUGAAUUAGCUAAACGCAACAAGCCAAGUGUU